AUGGCUCCAUCAGUUCUCAUUGACCAAGCAGCCGACUCAUCGGUCCCUGUUGCGACUAAGUCGCUUAAUAACACGAUCAUCAAGGCUUCGCAUCCUAAUCCUUCACUGCAAGUGACAGCAGAUCAUAAGCUGAAGUCGGUCGAUGCACCUGUGUACGCACCUGGGCGGGGUGAGGUGCUUGUUCAUAUCAAGGCGACCGGAAUCUGCGGAUCAGAUAUUCAUUUCUGGAAAACAGGUCGGAUUGGAUCGUUAGUUUUUGAAGGAGAUUGCAUCAUUGGUCAUGAAGCUUCAGGAAUUGUUCUGCAGUGUGGUGAAGGAGUCAGCCACUUGAAGGCUGGCGACCGAGUGGCCGUCGAACCUGGCGUACCCUGCGAAGAAUGUUUUCUCUGCGACGAAGGACGUUAUAACCUAUGUGAAGACGUUCACUUUGCCGGUGUCUACCCUUAUCACGGUACCAUUCAGCGAUACAAAGUCCACCCCGCCAAGUGGCUACACAAGCUUCCCGACAACGUCAGUUUCGCGGAGGGAGCUCUCCUCGAGCCUCUUUCUGUAGUGAUGCAUGGAGUUAAGACUGCAGGACUAAGCCUAGGCCGAGGUGUUGUCGUCUGUGGUGCUGGCCCCAUUGGAUUAAUUGCUUUGGCUGCAGCUCGAGCCUCUGGUGCCCAUCCUAUUGUCAUCACUGAUUUGGAGCCGUCACGUCUGGCCUUUGCUAAGGACUUUGUUCCUUCUUGUAUCACCUACCAGGUAGAUCUUGCCAAGGAUGCCCAGGGUAACGCUCAAGCUAUUCGUGCUUUGUUUGGAGACUCGGAGUAUGUUGCACCGGAAACAGUGCUCGAGUGUACGGGCGUGGAGAGUAGUGUUUGCACAGCUACGUAUACUGCACGACGUGGCGGUACCGUGAUGGUCAUUGGCGUGGGAAAGGCUAUCAUGAACAAUCUUCCAUUUAUGCAUAUUUCUUUGGCUGAGAUUGAUCUACGGUUUAUCAAUCGCUACCGCGACACCUGGCCACCGGCCAUCGCAUGUCUGAGUGGCGGUAUCCUGGAUUUAAAGAAGCUGGUCUCUCAUGUCUUCCCCCUUGAGAAGGCAGAGGAUGCACUGCACCUUUGUGCUGAUACUCGUAAUGGGAGUAUCAAGGUCUUAGUUGUUGACGAACAAGAAGCCUCUUUAUAG